CCCUCCCAGGCAGUAGUGUGUAAGGGGGGGUGUAACCCCUACCACUGGAACAGCUGUCUAUUCCCCUAACCCUGCUGUGGGGCAUUUGUCCUCCUCUGCUGCUCUGUUCCCAAAUGUGUCUGGAAAAGGGGCUGCAGAUUCUGUUCCCCUCUGCCCCCCGAGGGCUGUGGCUUUGUGAUAUCUGCUGCCCUGCUCACCCCCCAUUGGAGAUGUCUCCUGCAGUGUCUCCUCCUAGCAGCUUCCUUGAUCGCUUCCAGCAGAACCAGGCCCAGAAGAGCAGUUUCCCCUGCAGGGGAAUGAGGGCUCGUUCUUCUGAUGCUAAAGCAUCGUUUUUGGAUGUCAGCAGCUUGUAAGAGCUGCCCCCUCUUGUUGUGGUUCCGUGAAGCUGGGGCUCUGGCUUGCUGCCUCCCUGCAGCCAUGCACUCCCUUGUGUUCCUCUGUGCACAGAAGGUGGUUUCCCAUCACUCCACGGUGCACAGUGCCUUGGAGUUCAUCCCAAAGGAGUUGUAUCCAGUCCUGUUCAAAGCAGCUUUCAUGAACAAGAAGACCCUCGUGCUGCAAGAUCUGGUGCAGACAUGGCCUUUCCCAGUACUGAGUUUCCAGAAGCUUUUGCGGAAGUGUCAGCACUGUGACCGUGCUCUGCUCCAGGAAAAGCCCAACAAGCUAUGUGUGCAGACUGUCAUCCUGGGAGUGGUGGCCUACCUGAAUGAGGCUCUCGAAGACAGACUCCACAGCCAAAGCAAGAGGCAGCGCCUGCAGGUUCUGGACAUGACGGGGCUUCAGGAUGAUGGAAUAGACCAGGGCUCAGAAACCAUGAGCCUGUGGUCCAGGACAGUGACCCUGGCGAAAGCCUGCAUCGACAUUUCCAAACACCAGAGCAAGUGCACAAAGCAUACCUCAAAGCGGAGGAAGGGCCCCUACAGCAGCUCGAUGGCUCUGCCGCCACCACAGCCAGUGUCUGUGGAAGUCCACGUGGAUCUUUUUGUGAACAGCACCUCUUAUGGAGUCCUUAAAGAUGCCUUGCAGAACAAUGCCAACAGCAUGCUGCGGCUGAAGUGCCGGGACUUCCGGGCUGAGGAGCUACCAAUUGCAAGUACUGUGGGGCUCCUGGAGUUCCUGGAUCCCACGGGUGUUCGGCAGGUGGAUUUGAGAUUCAAUAACCUGGGGCUGUCUGGCCUGAGGGUGAUUCUCCCGCACAUGGCAAAAUUCACCAAUCUGGUCAGCCUGAAGCUGCCCUACAGCAACAUUGAUGUAAGACGGCUCUCAGCAGGGAUGGAAGGAAGCCUCCACUACUUUGCCACCCAGCUCAGUAGAUUGUCCUGUCUCAAGGAGCUGAAUUUGGGCUCCUCCAGGCUUUCCGGAAAACUAAAGCAACUGCUGGGCGAUUUGCAGGGUCCCUUGGAAAGCCUGGAGCUGGCCUUCUGCUACCUGCUCCCCAAUGACCUCGCCUAUCUUUCCCAAAGUCUUCAUACCCCCACCCUGAAGAAGCUGGACCUCAGCGGCAACAACUUGUCUGAAUCGCUUCUCCAGCCCUUCCAGCAUCUCCUAGAAGAGGCCUCCUCAUCCCUGCUCCACCUGGACAUCAUGGAGUGUCGCCUGAUGGAUAUCCAUCUGGAGUUGCUUCUCCCUGCCCUGUGCCGCUGCUCUCAACUUCGCUACCUGGGGGUGUUUGGCAACCCUCUCUUUACACGGGGGCUGAAGAACUUGCUGCAGAAGACCAUGGGCCUAUUGUACUUGCAGCUCGUCAUUUACCCCUACCCUGUGGACUGCUACAGUGAGAACCUGCCAUGGCCCCCCACCUCCUCUAACCUCUCGAAUUGUUCUGUGGAUAAAGAGAAGCUUUCCAGGGUGGGAGCUGAGCUGCAACAGAUGCUGCAGACUGCCAGCAGGACCGAUGCCAUCUGGACCACGAACUUAUGCAGACACAAUACUUUAGAUUAUUUUAAUUUGUAGCUCACCAAAAAUGUAAAACUAAGGAGAAAAUGAUCAUUUUUAAUGCCCCGUCAAAGUUGAGCGGUUCAGUGGACGCAGCAACAACACGUUUAUACACUUUUUUAACAGCAUCUGUUUAGUGCAUGAAUUCAAAUGGAAGUUCUCUUCUCCCCUUCCGCACCUCCAUUCAGUAAAGCUGAGAUUAAAACUGC